AUGGCAACCACCUCAAGCGAAACAAAGGCAUGGAGCUCUCCAAAGUCAACCAGUGCUCUUCCAGCUGGCAGAUACCCAGCCCCUAACAAUGCCCAUCAUUUGAAUCCACACGGUUUACUUCCAGGCGGGGUCGAUGGGCCAAAAUCCUUGGAAUACGAACGAUCUAGAGCUACAUUCCCUCUCGACAAUGUAACUCGCGUCUUGUAUUCCGACAAUGAACUCGAAAUGCAAGAACGUGUCAUCAGAGUCGUGUCCAAUGACCCCGUCUUUGACAAGACACACCUACACCACCGCAAUCACGAGGAAGCAUUCUUGCAAUCAACCAGAGCCGCAUACCGUCUCAACGAACUCUCCAGAAUACACAAAUGGGGAAACGCUGAAUGGCACUACGCUUACUCUCUCCUCGAAGGCUCUUCCCCGAUGGCACUCAACUUGUCCAUGUUUAUUCAAAUCAUUAGGACCGAAGGAAGUGCAGAACAGCAAAAGGAUUUAAUCAACAAGAUUGUAAACUUUAAUAUUAUCGGAUGUUACGCUCAGACUGAGCUUGGUCAUGGAAGUAACGUUCAGGGGCUGGAAACUGAGGUUUCGUAUAUUGAGGCUACUGAUGAGCUGGAAGUUAACUCGCCUUACUUGACUUCUGGUAAAUGGUGGAUUGGUGCUUUGGGAAAAUCAUGUACUCAUGUUGGGUUGAUGGCUCAAUUGAUUAUUAAGGGCAGAAGCUACGGUAUCCAUUCAUUUGUAUUCCGUAUCCGAUCAGAAAAAGAUCACUCGUUACUGCCAGGAGUUAUUGCGGGUGAUAUUGGUACCAAAUAUGGUCACAAUGGUCUGGACAAUGGAUGUGCUUGGUUUUACAAAUUCCGUGUCCCAAAAAGCGCUCUUCUAAACAGAUUCUCAAACAUUGAUACCAAGGGAAACUAUGUCCGUAACAAGGCCAACUCAAAGUUGGUCUACAAUUCCAUGAUGUCUGUAAGAGCUGGUAUGGUUCGAGGUGCCGCUGGUACUUUGGCCAGAGCUGCUACAAUCGCAGUCCGAUACUCUGCCAUCCGUCGUCAAACAGCAAACUUGGAUCCUGUUUCUGUAAAGGACAAGAUUGGUGAAGAGUACACUAGAAAUGCCGCUAGACCUGCUGAGACUCAGAUUUUGAAUUAUCCUCAACAGCAAUAUCGAUUAUUCACUUCCAUCGCUAAAUCAUACGCUUUACAUUUUGUCGGUAUGGACAUGAUGGCACAAUACAACAGUUUCAUGGACAACUUGAACAAGGAUGACUUUGACCGAGUUGCACAAUUACAACCCGAAAUCCACGCAACUUCUUCGUCGUUGAAAUCAUUGGUGACAAACAUUGCAUACGAUGCUAUUGAGGACUUGCGAAGAUGUUGUGGUGGUCACGGAUACCUUACAGGAAUGGCAAAUAUCACCAACAAUGAUUACGGCAUGAUGGUUACAGGCGAAGGCGACAACUACAUGAUCAGUCUCCAAUGUACUCGCUACCUCCUAAAAACAUUCAACAAUCUCAAAGCAUUGAAGGAACCAAACCUCAAACAUACCACAGACACCACUGAAUACUUGCUGGGUGCUCUGAAACCCGAAUUCGAUCACCUGAAAUGCCGUGCAACUUCACAAGAAGACUUGUUGAACGUAAAUGAAAUCUGUACCGCUUUUGCUGUUCGAGCUGGACGUUUGGUUAAGGAACUCGCCCAAGAGAUCACUGAUGGUGCUACAUUUGUGUCAAGACAAUGGGAGGCCAACCGAGUGUCUAAAGCACACGGACAAUACAUCAUCAUUACUUCCUUUGCCAAGCAAUUGGACGAUAAAAAGACUUUGGCCAAACUUGGCCCUGAUGCUGCCAAAGUCAUGAGGCAAUUGUUUGAAUUGUUUGCAUUGUCGACUAUGGAGUGUGAGCCCGAAUUUGGAACAAUGGGUUACCUCUCAUGGCGUCAAUACUCAUGGAUCCGUUCCCUCGUCCGAGACAUUAUCGACCAAGUACGACCCAACGCUGUCGCACUAGUCGAUGCCUGGAAUUACAGCGACUUUGCUCUGCACUCUGCUUUGGGACGAUACGAUGGAAGAGUAUACGAGACUAUGGUUGAAUGGGCUAGCAAGGAACCACUCAACAACGGUAAACACUGGCCAGCAUUCUCAAGCUGGAAUGACACUUACAGGCCCAUGUUGGAGAAUGAUGGAAAGAAUGGAUCUGUUGUUUCCAGACUGUAG